AAGUAUAAUUUGCAUCAGCUGAAGGUUGUCUGUCUACCAGUCAUCAUGCAAUUCUCUGCUAUCUUCCCUUUUUCACUUGAGACAUUUCAUAAAUGUCAUAAUUCUCUGAGAAGUUUUAUUUUAUCAUUGGAGGAGUCUUAGAUUUCAAGCUGUUUCAAGUGUGAGGAUGUUUCCUCACUCACUGGGUCAUUGCCUUAAUUGACAGCAAAGGAAACAGAAGGAACAUCAAAGCUUCCCAACCUCUUUGGUUAGGAAAGAGAGUUUCAAGGGGGAACACUCAGUAAUGGCCUUACCAUGCUUUCAGAAAAGUGUCUAAGAUUCAUUUUUAAAAGUCUUUAAAGAGAUAUCAGUCAACCAUACACCUGUUCAGCAAAAUCACUGAAAUUACUUCUGGCAAAGCUAUUCUGACUUCAUAGUUAUUUAAACCCCAAGGUUAAAGAAUUGUAGGACAUAUUCCCAUCCCAUGCCAUUGAGCAAAUGUAAGUUUUCACUUUUGUGAUUGUUGUAUGACUCAAUUCACUGCUAGUUGAAUUUGAUUUUAAGAAAAAUUUAAUUCUUAAAAAUAAAGACAGCAGUUGCAUUUUAAUAGAAAAAUUUUCUUUCCUGUACAGCUGUGGGCACCCUGCUACUGGGGCUCAUUUGAGUCUUAGGAUAGCAAUUCUUAUUUCAUCAUUACUAAUUAGUGUGGUGUGUGUCUAAAAAGACUUCAGUCCUAGGAUGGACCCACGGCCAUGUAGACUCCUGUUAAUUAGAUAUCAAUUUUUAUGAGUAUUUAAGAUGCAUGGUUCAAUACCGCAUUCUCUAGGCUUGUUUGUUUAUCUUCUGUAAAAUUCAAAAUAUUUCUAAGAAUGUUGCUAGGAUUAGAAUGCCUCUAUUGGCUUGAUGCUAGGAAUGACAACGAUUUCCAAAUAUUUGGCACCACUUACAUCUCUCACUUUGUCGGGUAGUAUCUGUCCCUUUGGGACUGGAUGAAGAAAAUAAUUCAUUUAUUCAACAAAUACUUACUGAAUGCAUCUGUGUACCAGGUGCUGUUCUGGGUGUUGGGAAUGCAGCAGUGAGCAAAGCAAUAUUCCUGCUUUCAUGGAGCUUUUGAAAAGCUCCCAAAUAUCUUCUGCAAACAAAUUUGAGAAAGCCGGAGCAGAGAGCUUGACUCACUGACAGGUGUUCUGGGGAAACUCCCUUGAAGAUGGCAGACCAAGAGUUGGAACUUGAUUUGGAAAGUCAGGUGUGAAAGGAACAUCUUUUGGGAGAAGAGAAUUGGCUUCCUUCCCGAAAGUGGCGAACGUUCAGCCUAUAGCACAUGGGAGAAACAACAAUCAGAUGACUACCUUCUUCGUUUUGUAUUAGGAAACAGAAUUGUUUGUAAGUGUCCAUGGUGACCUUGGAAAUAGAAGGAGUAAAAAUUUUAACUUUCCACAGAUAACAAGAGCUUUACCAUCUCCUUUUGGAUCUGAAGACUGAGACGAUGGAUAUCAUAGAGACAGCAAAACUUGAAGAACAUAUGGAAAACCAAACCAACGAUCCAGCAAACACUUACACAAGACCUGCUGAACCUGUUGAAGAAGAAAACAAAAAUGGCAAUGGCAAACCUAAGAGCUUAUCCAAUGGACUGCGAAAGGGCACCAAAAAGUACCCAGACUAUAUCCAAAUUGCUAUGCCCACUGAAUCAAGGAACAAAUUUCCUUUGGAGUGGUGGAAAACUGGUAUUGCCUUUGUGUAUGCUCUCUUCAACCUUGUCUUGACAACCGUUAUGAUCACAGUAGUACACGAGAGGGUCCCUCCCAAGGAGCUCAGCCCUCCACUCCCAGACAAGUUUUUUGAUUAUAUUGAUCGGGUGAAAUGGGCAUUUUCUGUAUCAGAAAUAAAUGGGAUUAUAUUAGUUGUAUUAUGGAUCACCCAGUGGCUGUUUCUGAGAUACAAGUCAAUAGUGGGGCGCAGAUUCUUUUUUAUCAUGGGAACUUUAUACCUGUAUCGCUGUAUUACAAUGUAUGUUACCACUCUACCUGUGCCUGGAAUGCAUUUCCAAUGUGCUCCAAAGCUCAAUGGAGACUCUCAGGCAAAAGUACAGCGGAUUCUGCGGUUGAUUUCUGGAGGUGGAUUGUCCAUAACUGGAUCACAUAUCUUGUGUGGAGACUUCCUCUUCAGCGGUCACACAGUUGUGUUGACACUCACUUAUUUGUUCAUCAAAGAAUAUUCUCCUCGUCACUUCUGGUGGUAUCAUUUAAUCUGCUGGCUGCUGAGUGCUGCUGGGAUCAUCUGCAUCCUGGUGGCCCAUGAACACUACACUGUUGACGUGAUCAUUGCCUAUUAUAUCACAACACGUCUGUUUUGGUGGUACCAUUCAAUGGCCAACGAGAAGAACUUGAAGGUCUCUUCACAGACUAAUUUCUUGUCUCGAGCAUGGUGGUUCCCUAUCUUUUAUUUUUUUGAGAAAAAUGUACAAGGCUCGAUUCCUUGCUGCUUCUCCUGGCCACUAUCCUGGCCUCCUGGCUGCUUCAAAUCGUCAUGCAAAAAGUAUUCACGGGUACAGAAGAUUGGUGAAGAUAAUGAGAAAUCUACCUGAGGAGCAAAACAAAAAGGCAUCAGCUCUUACACCAAAAGAGUUAACGCUAUAACCAAAGGUAUAGUUUUGUUUUUUAUUUUAGAAGAACUGACUGGUAAAUGAAGAAGUGGACCAAAUUUUAUGUAAAUGAUUAGAAAGAUGACUGAAGUAUUACCCUUUGACUGGUUUUUAUUCAUCCUGAGAAAGAUACAUUCUCCUGCAGCUCUUCAUUCAUUGGUAACAGGCCCCCCCAACUGGGAUUUUUACUAAUGAGCUUGUUAAAGAGGUGCCAAAGAACCUAUUCCCCCUUCCUUAUCCUUUCCCACUAAAGCCCUCUACUUCAGAAUGUUGAAUUUUUUCCUCUCAAGAUCAGGAGAAUUGGUUAAUGUUUUAAAUAAAAUAUCUGGAUGUAUACAGCUACUGUGUAAAUAGAAUAACCUAAUGUUGAGAGUGGUUGUCAGCAUUAGGCUUAUUGGUGCAAGAGGGGAGGUCCAUGGGCUGUGAGUCAACUCAGGUGAACUCUGUUUCCACCCUGUUGUGUGCAAGGUCAGGGGCAGGUCUGGGAAUGUGUACGCUGCUACCGCCCAAUGCACUGUGUGUCACUUUUACUUUCUUUUUCACUAACUUUAUUUUUUUAAAUGUGAUCUAAAUAAAUAUGGAAGUAUUUGGCACACCCACCGAUUUUACAUGUGUGUAAAUACUUCACUUUGAAAUUGCUAUGGCAGACAGGAAACUGGCCUGUGUCAGCUAAUGGGUGAUCCUCAUGUACACACUUGUAAAUUUGACCCAGUGCCCGAGUGCAGUCAGCUGCAUGAGCUCAGGCUGAAAACAGGCGUGUGAACUGAUGCUUGUGCCACUUAUUGAACAAGCCUGCAUUUCCCUCCCAGGCCAGGUCCUGCUGUGAGAUCUGCGUGAGGGCUCCUAAUUGUACACGAAAUACAUUUGGUCACGAUUCACUGAAAAUGAUGUUUUCAUAGUUGCAUAGUGCUAUGAAAAACCAAGAUGGAGGCCAAAAGCUUAAUAGGUCCAGUUUCAUAAGCUGAUCCUAAAGACAUACCACAAUAGAAUAAUAUUACUUUUACCCUGUGAAAAUUAUAACAUGGUGCUGCACUAUAAUCUACUAUAGGAAUCAGUGUGUCAGACAGUUACAGCUACACAGUAAAGGGGGAUAAUUGUUUCUAAAUUUCUUUGAGGUGAUGCAGAAAAAAAAAAGGAAUUUUUUUAAAUCUCAUCAAAUUAUAUAUUGUAAUGCUAUUGAAUCUUUUGGAUAAUUCUUUGCUUAAUUCCUUAACUACUUGAAGUUUUAGGGGUUCAAAAUCAUCAGCAAUAGAGCACGAGGAUGGGGGAUUAGUGAGAGAGGAAGGAGGCAUUUACAUUUAUUUAAAAGUGAAAUUUUCUCACCUUUUGGAAUGAAAACUACCCCUAAAUUUAUCAUUAUUAGCAAAACUAGCCAGCCUUGAUUAGGAACACAAAAUUGGUCUUUAAAUUGGUUGGGAAAAGCACAAUACAAAUCUGUUUGGAAGAGUCAUCAUCUCUUGGUGCUAAAAUUCUGAGUGUGUUCUUAGUAUGGCUCUUUCUCUGUGUAAUAGAAGAAUCACUAAAGGAAUAGGUAAUUGCAUUCAAAGGCAGGAAAAAAAGGCUCUCCAGUUACUUAAAACAAGAAAUGAAACUAACCAUCCUUGGCAGGCAUUGAAAUGCAAGGAUUUUUCUGGUAUUUGUUAUUAAUAAUAAAUAAUAAAUAAAAUAAGUUAUUAAAUAAAUCAGUUUAUCUGUAGUCUAGCUGAUGUGUCUAGCCAUAAUUCUACAUAAUAACAUUGAUUGGUUGACACUUGUAAUAGAAUGAAAACACUGAGUGAAAAACCCUGUUGUCUGAUUAUGUGGAAAAGCAUCUGACACAGAAGCCUGGGUUUUGCUCUCCUACCAUUGGGAUAUUUUUCUGGAGCCUCUGCUUCAAAUAAAACAAUCAGAUAUACCCUAGAGCCUUACUCACCUGUGUCUGGGAUCACCCACCUUUUUUUCAAUUAAAUAAGGAAAACUAUUUAAGCUUUGUAAGUCAUUCCUUAUUGACUAUUGGCAAGCCUUGAAACAAUAAACAUUGCAUUUGAGUCAAGUAAUCCAGGUUUUAAAAAUAACACCAUCACCUCUUUAAAGAACUUUACAAACAUCUGUGACCCCACAUGUAGACAUUGCUGCUUCCGUGUUCUUUGCAUGUAUAGCUCUCUAAAUAUAUGCUGAGGAUGCAUAUCAUUUAAAAACCAUGCAGAGGGUGUGGAAUCAAAGUUUCACAUUGGGAAAUUAAGAGAAAUAGUGAAACACAUUUACAUUUAAGAGAACAAACUUGAGAUUUAACCCAACAUGCCAUUUUGGAAUACAAAACAUAGACACUUACAAUCUCGCCUUUGAAACAGAGUGAAUUUUUGGAGCUUCUUUAAGUUCUUUGCCAGUUAAGAUACAAGAUCUUAUCCAUUUGCCUUGCUUUUGUAAAUCAGUACUCCUGUUUGAAGCUUUUCCUUUAAUUUAGUCCUUCUGUGAAACAUCUAUAACAUACAAUACCUAUAAAUUAUGAUGCAUUUUUAUGAAAAUGUAUUCCUCUCAGAUUCUAUUGUUUUGAGCCUCUCCGCUAGCUCUGAAAAUAAAGCACUACUUCCCUAUUUCUACCUGAAGUAAUUGUGAAUUUGUUCUUUAAUUUACUGGCAUCUGGGGAAACAAGUUUUGCUGUGGAGGAAGGCUGUUUUGGGGAAUGAGCCUCUAGAAUGCUUUAUGGAUGAUGUUGCACAGGGUUCUUUGCUGUAUACCAGUGCCCCCUUGCGGAAAUAUGUUACAUGGGUUUUAGUAAAUAGGUACAUGGGCUUGGACCACAAACUUGCCACUUUUUAAAGCAUAUUCACCAGUUUUUAAAAGACUUUUUUUUCCAUUAUCUUUGCCAAUAAUCUGAAAGUAUCAUGUGAAAGGAGUUAUUUUAAAGUCAUUUUAAACUUUCCCAAAGGGAAAACGUGUUCAGAUUUAUAGGGAGUUGCAUUUGUAAUCUUUUAUCCAUUUGAUCAAAGAAAAAUUGCAGACCAUUAUUACCUCUCACAAUCACAAUCAUUAAUGUCUCCCUUUAUAACUACCUACAGCUCUGUUGACUUUGAAUCACCAAAUUGUCUGUCUUCUAUGUUUUUUUUCCUUCUUGCCAAACUCAUACAGUUUCUUUAAUUGAGAGUUCACAUCUGUUCCUUGAAUAUUUCACCCACUUUUUUUUUAUUGUUUUGUUUGUGUCAUUGUUUUUUGUUUUGCACUGUUUGAUUAAAAAAUUAAAGAUGGUGUUAACACACUCAUCUCUGUAGUGUAAAGAAGUGUGAGAAAGAAUUUCUCAAUAAAUGAGUUUACAUGUUUAAAUCAAGCAUAUUGUAAGUAAUAUGUCUUGUAUUGAAGGCUUUUUCUAUUUGUGUGUAUUAAAAAUUUGUUAUUUUUUUUAAAUGUCAUGUGGCAAUAAUUUAAGUUCUUUGAUUCAGUUACUAAAAAUAUUCUUCUAUUAAGAAGUGCUCUUGACUUCAAUACCCAAAACACUGAAGGUCAUGUAUGUCAAAGAUACCCAAAGAUAAGUUUUUAUGCAACUAUACACCUUGUAAGUUCUGAAUUAUUUUAUUCUAACUAUGCUGUUCUCUAAAUGAAUCAUGAAUGAGAGUUGUUCUUUAUUGUGUAAUUAUUUAGAACUGCCCUUUAGGGGAAAAAGAAGAAAUUAUGAACAUAAGCUAAUCUGGUUGCCAAGUUUUAAUUCAUUAUUUAGUUUACCUCCUAUGCAAUGAUUAAUGCUGCAAAAUUUAUGGCUGUGUUACUGUAUAUUCACAAAAGAAAUAUUACAAGGUUGGAGAGGUAGCAAUUGCAUUCUUUUGGAAAUUUACUGUACUGUUUCAAUGUGUUAAGUGCCUUGUUGUAAAGUAAAAUUUCAAGUCUAGAAUUCAUUAUUUUCCUGACAUAUAUUUUUCAUUAUGAUAUAUAUUGUAUGCUAUUGUAAUAGAUUUAUUAAAUGCUUAAAUUUUAAUCAAGUAUAUAAAUUUCAGAAGCUCUUUUCUCCCACCCGCCAGUACCUUAAUCAUUGAUCUAUCAUAUGUGGUUUGAAUUCUUGUUCUUUUUUAAAAAGAGGAAAUUAUCUUUGUUUAGAAAUACAUUUUUCCAUGCUUGUGCUUUUGUGUUUGUAAACUUACUUCAAGAGGAAUUUAGGUAUGUUAACUGUAGUUUAUACUUCUAAAAUGCCAGUGUUUUACAUUUACAUUUUAAGUGCCUAAUUGUUAAAUCUAAUUUAUGUUUAUAUUCUAAAAAGGAUGUAUACUUCUUUCUAAUCUCUUUGGUUUUGCUUUUUAAAAAUGCAAGAUCUUAUACUUUGUAUUUACUCAAUAAACCAGUGACAUCA